AUGGAUCGGAUGGAUCGGUAUGGAUUGGGAUGGAUCGGUAUGGAUUGGGAUGGAUUGGGAUGGAUUGGGAUGGAUGGAUCGGGAUGGUUGGUUGGAAUCGGGUGGAAGCGAGAGCAACGACGACGACAACGACAACGACGACCACAGCAAAGGAUCGGGAUGGAUGAAUCGAGAAAAAAAUUAAACGAUGCUUCAGAUAAUCUGAUUUUUACAGACUUUUUUUACUUUUUUACAUUUUUACAUUACAUUUUACAUUUUUACAGACAGACGCGACGACGAACAUCAGGAUGGGUGGAUCGGGAUGGAUCGGGAUGGAACGGGAUGGAUCGGGAUGGGUCGGGAUGGAAGAUCGGCAUGGUUGGAUCGGGAGAAGGCGAGAGCAAGGACAAGGAUGACAACGACAAGGUCAACAAAGGAUCAGAAUGAUCGACGAUCAAGUCGACGAAGGAGGAUCGUGCCGGAAGGAUCGGGAUGAGACGACGUUGGAAAAAGGGAGUCCGAAAACACGGGAAAUGAUCUACGAUGAAAACAGGAUCAGGGCAGAAGGAUCAGGCCCGAAGGAUCGGGACGAGAGGACGAUGGAAAGAGGGAGACCGGAAACACGGAAAAUGAUCUACGAUAGAGACGACGAAGAAGGAUCGGGCCGGAAGGAUCAGGCCGGAAGGAUCGUGACGAGACGACAAUGUUCAGAGGGAGUCCGGAAACUCGGAAAAUGAUCUACGAUAAAAGCGACGACGACGAACAGGAUGGAUUGAUCGGAAUGGAUCGGAAUGGAUCGGAAUGGUUGGAUCGGGAGAAGGCGAGAACCACGGCAACGACGACGACGACGAGGACAACAAAGGACCGGAAUGAAUUAUGA